GACGUCAACGGGAUCGAUAUGUGCCCCCAAUCUUGUCAGCUUGUAUUUGCUUUGAGAACAUCUUGCUGUCGAGACUGAACAUCGCCCCACCCGACCGUUGAUGUGUGACCAAUGCAGUAGGUGCUUCUUCCAGAAGAAGUCAUUUGCAGUGUGGUGAAACAGGAUAUCCCUAAAGGAACACUUCGGCCCCAAAUUCACCACCGAUAGCCAGUCUACGUUUUCCUUCAGGCGUCCCUGCUGCAUUGAGAUCUCAGCCUCAACAUGCCGUCCUCGUCAACCGCGAAGCGUCAAUCCACUAGCAGUAGGACCAGCAGCGCACCCCGAGGCCAACUGCUAUGGCUCCGCUUCUUUCACACACCAGCAUGUUACAUGAUCUGCUUCUCGGCCCUGGGCAUCCUCCAAGGCUGCUACUAUUCUUACCUCAUCGGCAUCAACACGACCUUAGAACGACGCUUCGCGUACAGGAGCCUUACAGCUGGUCUCAUCUUCUUCGCGGACAACUUUGGUCCCAUCGUACUGGGAGCCAUGAUCGGCAUGUACAGCUCCAAGCGACAUCGACCGCGCUGGGUGGGCGUGGCAGCCGUCCUUCUGGGCUUGUCCUGCAUCUUGGCAGCCAUGCCAUACUUCAUCUUCGGUAAGGCGGACGAGGCGUUCAGCAUGACGGACCCCACCGUCGAGUCCGACGUGAACCACUUCUGUCACGAUGGAACUGAGGACAGGUUGCACCGGGAGGAGAACUGUCUGAAGUCGAGGAAGAAAGAGACACUACCCGCAGUGUUGUUCCUCGUUAGCUGCAAUUUCUUGACCGGCAUCGGCACCGCUGUCUACUACUCGGCUGGCACGGCCUACUUGCAGGAUAUGGUAAAGAAGAAGAACUCUGCAAUGUACAUGGCCUUCCUGACGGUAGUACGAGGUCUUGGUCCCUGCUUGGGUUUUGUUUUCGCAGCGCUUAUCCUGGCAGUGUACGAAGAUCCUUUCUACGACCCCGGCUUCAAAGAUGAAGACCCCCGUUGGAUCGGAGCCUGGUGGUUGGGCUUCGCUAUCCUCGGUUUUCUGCAACUGCUCUUCGCCAUUCCACUUUUCUUCUUCCCCAGAAGGAUAGCCAAUGAGGACGAUCCAUUGGGCGAUGCGGAAGAACAGCCAAUGACCUUCAGAGAGGCCUUCGACGCGACGAAGCGUAUUGUACGAAAUCCUUUGCUGGUGUGUCAGACCUUCGCACACGUCUUCAAGUGGUUCGGCGUGCUUGGCUUCUGCACCUAUGUUCCAAAGUACAUCCAGGAACACUUUCAGCAAUCUCCGAGCACAGCGGCUUUGCUCAGUGGAACGUUUCCAAUCGCUUGCUCACUUGUGGCCACCUUGGCCGGGGGUUUCCUCAUCAAGUCCUUCAAGCCCUCGCCUCGCAUCUUGACAGCCGUCAUUUUCGUCACCGAGCUCAUCACGGCACUUAUCUUCGCCUCGCUCAUGGCGUUUAGUUGCCCCCAGCCUCAGCUCACAGAACGAGGGGUCCUCGAGUCCAGGCUGGACCUGGUGAACUCGUGCAACGUGAACUGUUCCUGCUCCGUGGAAGUCUUCCAACCAGUUUGCGAAGGAAAGACCACGUAUUUCUCGCCUUGUUUCGCCGGCUGUUACGCGAGAAAUAUCAACGGCACUGUGCAACACGGGUCCUACUACAACUGCAAGUGUGUGGACGCCUUCGACGACGAUGGCGUGGAGCGCCGUGCAACGGAUGGCUUUUGUCAAAGCGACUGCCCCUUCUUGGCGUUUUACAUCAUGCUGCUGUGCAUAGCCUACGGGUUUUCGUUCAGCACCAAGGCUGGACAGAUACUUAUACCACUCAGAUGCGUCGAAGAACGUGACAAGGCAUUUGCGCUUGGAUUUGCUGAGGGUGUUCUAGCACUUUUCUCCUUCCUCCCAUACCCCCUUGUCUACGGAUCCAUGGUGGACGCCAACUGUGUGGUCUGGGAAGAGAGCUGUGGAUACCAGGGCAACUGCUGGGCGUACGACAUGAAGAAGUUCAACUACUCCUUGCACGGCGUCACUUUCAUCUUGCUCAUGGUUGGAGUGGCACUCAACUUCGUCGUCUUUUUGCUGAGCGGAAGGAUUAAGAGCCUUUAUGGACGUGACAAGUCCUUAGCUGCUAGAACCAGGGGAGGCGACAGCGUACAGGGCAGUUCUACGCGAGGCUCCAGGAGGGGAUCCAUUCGGAAGCUGACGAGAAACGAAAUAUUUCACAUGGUCUCCACGGAAGAUCCCGAUGAGGAGUACGCUGAUACUUUGGAUGACCCGGAUUCUUCAAAAUCGCCCCAGUUCUGACGCUGUGUUGGCUGUGGGCAGCUUGUGUAUGCUGCCGUGCAGUGAGUUUUGUGAGGUUCCAGCAAGUACCGUGGCAGGGAGCAGGUCUGAGAUAGGCGGCAUUUCACGGGAAGCGUCGCCGACGUUGGUUGUUUAGUUCCGGAACUGACAUCUACGCGUUUGCAUAAUAUAUAUUAUAUUAACUGGUUCUUUUUGCCGGAUACUUAGGCUGUAGAGAGCUAUAAAUAUAGGCUCGUAGUUGCAAGGCACACGGCACACCACACAGCUCUUCCGUCCGUGGAGCUGUGUGGUGUGUCGUCAGACAUGUGCCGACUGACCCAAUCCGCCAUUUUAAGCACAUCUUGGCACACACUUCGUGGCACGGUACAAGAUGUUCAGAUACAUCGCCUUCCGCUUGGAAUGUGACUGAGAUUUCAGCGCGUUUGAUGUAGUGCUUGUGUAGGACGCUCCGACGUAACUCACGAUGGAACUCAUUUUCUGAUGUAAAAUCCUACAUAGUGGUCACGAUAAAGGUUUGACAUUCCAACCUUGUUUCGUGGUCAUAAAGGUUGAUGAGCUUCGGGUGAGAAAUUUUCAGUGUGGACAUUUUUAGCAGCAUAUGAGGCAACGACGUUGUAAAUAAACGAAAGCACAUUUCACGCAUAUCCCCAAA